UAUGUUAUCGUAAUAUGAGAACAUUGGGAUCAAAUUAUCACGUGCCCUGACCAUUGGCAGUGUUUAUUUAGACUUUUGCGACAACAAACCGAAAGAUUAAGUUAUGUAGUGUUGGUGUUUUUUCCAAAUGGAUCAAAAUGUUCACUACAAUUUUGGCGGAGGCGCCGGGAACGGCCUCCUGCCAGUGUCGGCUUUCUCGGCCUACAGCUUGCUGAGGAGGUGCAAUUAUUUUCUGACACCACAAGCACCAGAAAUUCACGCCAAAGCAGCACCUGUUCAAAGAAUCCCUCCUGAAGAUAUCUCGUGCAAAGAUAACGAAAAAUGUUUCUUAAACCUACCAUCACCACCCCUUUUUGGCUACCCUCACCAUCUUCCACCAAACGAGCAACUAAAUACUCGUCUUAAUGCAACAUCUCCGUGCUCGUCUUUAUAUUCCGCCAACUUUCGGCGACAAAGAGGUGAGAAGAAACCAAUACCGGAGGAGCAAAAAGACGAGAAAUAUUUCGAACGAAGACGCAGGAAUAAUCAAGCGGCGAAAAAAUCAAGAGAUGCGAGAAAAAUGAGAGAAGACCAAAUUGCGCUAAGAGCCACUAUUUUGGAGCACGAAAAUGCGAUUUUAAGGGCACAGGUGUUGACUUUAAGAGAGGAAACGUCGUCUCUGAGGCAAAUGCUGCUCCAGAAGAAAGCGCUAGAAAUCGCCGCAAGAGACACGCAAAUUUGCGGCUCUUGAUUGGGAAACAAGAAGGAAACUGCAAUCUGUGAUUUUUUUAUUUAGUUUAUUGUAUUUACAUAAAAACACAGUUUUUACAAAAUGAUACUAUUCAUUAUUAAAGCCUAGGCACAACUAUCAUUAGUCUUUAAGCAGGUACCUGACAAUUGUUAUUUUUUCUUUCAAUAAAUAAGCAAAUUUAGCAAAUAUUGAUUCUUCCAAUUUUUUUAAAAAC